UUCCUCCUUUCUCAGCCAGCACCGUUGACGCGGUUUAGUGCGUGGUUUGGAUGGACUGGUGAAAAUCGUCAAAAUUUACCCAAGUCAGCACAGUUUGAGUUUCACGAAAACGCCACCAACAUGCCGGCGUAUUUUCAGCGGCCAGAGAAUGCUCUGAAACGAGCGAACGAGUUUCUUGAGGUUGGAAAGAAGCAGCCAGCCUUGGAUGUUUUGUACGAUGUCAUCAAGAGCAAGAAACAUCGAACAUGGCAGAAGAUCCACGAGCCCAUCAUGCUCAAAUACCUGGAGCUCUGUGUGGAUCUCCGCAAAAGCCACCUGGCCAAGGAGGGUCUCUACCAGUACAAGAACAUCUGCCAGCAGGUGAACAUCAAAUCUCUGGAGGAUGUGGUUAGGGCUUACCUGAAGCUUGCUGAGGAGAAGACUGAGACAGCCAAGGAGGAGUCCCAGCAGAUGGUCCUGGACAUUGAGGAUCUGGACAACAUCCAGACCCCAGAAAGUGUGCUCCUGAGUGCUGUGAGUGGAGAGGACACUCAGGAUCGUACUGAUCGCCUGCUGCUCACUCCCUGGGUGAAGUUCCUGUGGGAGUCCUACCGCCAGUGCCUGGACCUGCUGAGAAACAACUCCAAAGUGGAGCGCCUGUACCAUGACAUUGCCCAGCAAGCCUUCAAGUUCUGCCUGCAGUAUACGCGUAAAGCAGAAUUUCGCAAGCUGUGUGACAACCUGCGCAUGCAUCUGGGUCAGAUCCAGCGCCACCACAACCAGAGCACUGCCAUCAAUCUGAACAACCCUGAAAGCCAGUCCAUGCACCUGGAGACACGUCUGGUGCAGCUGGACAGCGCCAUAAGCAUGGAGCUCUGGCAGGAAGCUUUUAAGGCUGUUGAGGACAUCCAUGGCCUGUUUGCUCUUUCCAAAAAGCCUCCCAAACCCCAGCUGAUGGCCAACUACUACAACAAGGUUUCUACUGUGUUCUGGAAAUCUGGAAAUGCUCUCUUCCACGCCUGUACUCUCCACCGGCUCUAUCACCUGUCCAGGGAGAUGCGUAAGAAUCUGACCCAGGAUGAGAUGCAGAGGAUGUCCACUAGAGUCCUGCUGGCCACGCUGUCUAUUCCCAUCACCCCUGAGCGCACUGACAUAGCUCGACUGCUGGACAUGGAUGGCAUCAUUGUGGAGAAACACCGCAGGCUGGCCACCCUCCUGGGCCUGCAGUCUCCACCAACUCGCCAGAGUCUCAUCAAUGACAUGGUGAGAUUUAACUUGCUGCAGUAUGUAGUACCUGAAGUGAAGGAACUUUACAACUGGCUGGAGGUAGACUUUCAUCCUCUGAAGCUGAGCGGAAGAGUGACCAAGGUGUUGAACUGGGUGAGAGACCAGGCUGAGAAGGAGGCAGAUCUGCAACAGUAUGUUCCACAUCUGCAGAGUAAUACCAUCCUAAGACUCUUACAACAGGUUGCACAGAUCUACCAAAGCAUUGAGUUCAGCCGUCUGGCCUCUUUGGUUCCAUUUGUGGACGCCUUCCAGCUGGAGCGCUCCAUCGUGGAUGCUGCACGGCACUGUGAUCUGCAGGUUCGAAUAGACCACACCUCUCGAACUCUGAGCUUUGGUUCUGACCUGAACUACUCAACGAAGGAGGAUGCUCCUGUUGGUCCUUUCCUGCAGAACAUGCCAUCAGAGCAAAUAAGAAACCAGCUGACUGCCAUGUCUGCUUCUUUGGCUAAAGCCAUCCAAAUCAUCAAGCCUGCCUCUAUCCUGCAAGAGCGUGAUGAACAAAACCAGCAAGCCAUCGCUGCCUAUCUGAAAAAUGCCCGCAAGGAUCACCAGCGCAUCCUUGCUCGUAGACAGACCAUUGAAGAGCGUAAGGAGCGCCUGGAGAGCCUGAACAUUCAGCGUGAGAAGGAGGAGCUAGAACAGAGAGAAGCUGAGAUGCAGAAGGUUCGAAAGGCUGAGGAGGAGCGUCUGCGACAAGAGGCCAAAGAGAGGGAGAAGGAGCGCAUCAUGCAGGAGCAUGAGCAGAUCAAGAAGAAGACAGUCCGUGAACGCCUGGAGCAGAUCAAGAAGACUGAACUUGGUGCAAAGGCCUUCAAGGAUAUUGACAUUGAGGACCUGGAGGAACUGGAUCCCGACUUCAUCAUGGCUAAACAGGUGGAGCAGCUGGAGAAAGAGAAGAAGGAACUUCAGGAGCGUCUGAAGAACCAGGAGAAGAAGAUUGACUACUUCGAGAGGGCAAAACGUCUUGAAGAGAUUCCACUUAUCAAAAAAGCUUAUGAGGAGCAGCGUAUCAAGGACAUGGAACUAUGGGAGCUCCAAGAGGAGGAGAGGAUUAGCAACAUGAAAGUUGAACGGGAGAAGGCUCUCGAGCACAAAAAGCGCAUGUCCAGGAUGAUGGAGGAUAAAGAAAACUUCCUGUCAAAAAUAACCGCUGCCCGUAGCUUCAUUUAUGAGGAAAAACUGAAAGCAUUCCAAGAGCGCUUGGUCGAGGAGAGGAAGAAGCGUUUGGAAGAAAGGAAGCGGCAGCGCAAAGAGGACAGGCGUAAUGCUUACUACCGCCAGAAGGAGGAGGAGGCACAGCGCAUUCAUGAGGAGCAACUAAAGAAAGAGCGAGAAGAGCGCGAACGCCUGGAACAAGAACAGCGAGAGGAGGAGGAGAGGGAGUACCAGGAGCGUCUACGCAAGCUUGAAGAGCAGGAGAGGAAGCAGCGUGCUCGUCAGCAGGAGAUCGAGGAGCGAGAACGCCGUCGUGAGGAGGAGAGAAGGGGCCCACCAGAGGAGAGAGCCAAGCAGGACUGGGGUGAGAAGGAAGAGGGAGGAGGAGGAGGAGGAUGGAGGAGACGCACAGAGGGAGGCGAUUCAGAGUGGCGUCGUUCUGUCCCUGACAGGGACUGGAGACAGGAGGGCCGAGACGAAGACAAAGAGGACAAAGAGGGGCCCUUCAGACGAGGAGAGGGUCCUCGCAGAGAUGAUAGAGGACCUCGUCGAGGCUUUGAUGACGAUCGAGGCCCACGUCGUGGUGGUGAUGAUGACCGUCCUCCACGCAGAGGAAUGGACGAUGAUCGUCCUCUACGCAGAGGCUUUGACGAUGACCGUGGUCCAAGGAGGGGUGGAGAUGAUGACCGUCCCAUGAGACGUGGCUUCGAUGAUGACCGUGGUCCAAGACGUGGCUUUGACGAUGACAGAGGUCCUCGUAGAGGCAUGGAUGACUCCAGGGGUCCCAGGCGUGGGGCUGAUGAUGACUGGGGUCCCAGAAGAGGAGGAGAUGAUGACAGAGGUGGAAGGAGAGGCAUGGAUGAUGGACCACGUCAUGGUGGUGAUGAUGCUAAACCCUGGAAGCCCUUGGGCAGACCUGGUGGCUGGCGUGAGCGGGAGAAAGCCAGAGAGGAGAGCUGGGGACCUCCUCGUGGUGGAGAUGACGAAGGUGAAGGAGAGGAAAGAUCCAGCGACCGCUACAGAGACCGUCGUCCACAGAGAGAUGAGGGUGGCUGGAGAAGAGGAGGCACCGAUGAAGGAAGCGGCUGGAGGGACUCUCGCAGAGACGACACUGACCGUGAUGAUCGGCGUGACCGUGAUGAUCGCCGUAGUGACCGACGUGAUAGAGACCGCCGGGAUGAUCGUGAAAGCAGAGGUCCACCCAGAGAUCAUGACGAUGGUGGCUCUUGGCGUCGUGCAGGUGAUGAUAAGCGCGAGGAGCGAGAUAGGGAACGGCCCAGAGAGAGAGACAGAGAUCGGGAGCGCGAUGGUGAGGGAGAGAAGGGUUGGCGCUCCGACAAAGAAAACCCUCGUCGCACCAAGAACGAGACAGACGAUGAUGGCUGGACCACUGUCCGCCGCUGAGCAUCCACUCCAGUUAAUGAUAAUGGAUUGAGAAUAAAAUAAUUCAGUACCCCAUCAGCCAGUUGGCCACAAUAUUGAAUUAAUGGCUGUAAGCUUCUGAUACUUGUGUGUUAUUCCUCUGAAUUCAAUAUUCGUAGACUAGUUUUCCUGCAAAUUAAUUUUGUUUUAUCUUUAUUUUGAACUCCUGCAGUUCCUCAUCACCUAAAGCACCAUCAUUGAAUGACCACAAUGCACUGCAUACAAACAAUUCUGAGCAUGACUACCCCCAGUGGUUAGGAGUGUUUUUAACCUCAUGUGACAAAGUGAAACUGACUAAACUCAAAACAAAUGUACCUGUUCCAACGCUCAAUGCAAACUCAGUGUAUCACCAACUGCCUCUUUUAAAUAAUUAUACUUUCCAUAGAUGUUAUAUUACAGCACAAAUCUACAACUACUCUUGUAACAGUGAAAAGAAAUCUGUCAUCUGCCUCAAUGAUUUCUGCUCUUCAUCAAAUAUAAGAUGCUUCUUAACCUCUAAGAACUAGUGGAAAUUAUAAUUUGAUGUGCAUGCUUAGAGUAUUAAAAUGGUCUCGCUUGA